GACUAUACUAUUUAUUAUACGGAGCCAAAGCAUUUUUUUGUUUUUGGGUUUUUGGGCGUUUGAGCUACCCACCGAGUACUCGAGCGCGUGUGACAGAGCCCAUCACAAAAAAACGAAAACAAAAUCCGUACAUUGACAGAUAUAAUUUUCCCGGUUCAGCACCCACACAAUAAAUAGCCGUGCAACUUCUCGACUCUCUCAACAACGAUCAUCUCUCUCUCUCUCUCUAGAAUCGUUCUGGAUCCUUUUUUUUUCUUUUUGAUCCUCUCUCACUUCACUUUGCUUCUGAGUUUAGUGAGAGGAAUUAAAUAAUUUUUCUGCAAUUUUUUUUAUAAAAAAAUCUGACUGAGUCUUUCUCUGAGAGAAUGGAGGUUCAAACUCAGAGCAUGUCAAGCUUCGAUAUCCAGUCAAAGCCUGCGUUCCCUUUUUCUCUAAACGACAUGCCGUCUUCCUCCUCAUCCGACCUCCAUUCCCAUGACUUAAAGGACUCCGGAAUGUCAGAUUCCAACUCGCCGGUCCGUCAAGGAUCGCCGGAGACCGUUGAUCGGGAAUGCGAUGGUUCCGGAGAGCCUAAAACUUCGAACGACGAGUCGCUGCCUAUUGACGCGAUGUCGAAGGUCGUUGAUGUUCGAGAUGGCUUGGGUUCUCCUACAGGGCAGUUGACUGAGCCGAACGCCACUGGUAGCAAGCGCUCUGUUUCGAGUGCUGCGGUGAAGUUGCAGAAGGUGUAUAGGGGUUAUCGCACACGGCGUAGGUUAGCGGACUCCGCUGUUGUGGCAGAAGAGCUAUGGUGGCAAGUUUUAGACUACGCUAGGCUGAAUCUUAGUACGGUUUCUUUCUUCAAUUUCUCGAAACCAGAGACUGCGGCUUCUCGGUGGAAUCGUGUUAGCUUGAAUGCUUCUAAGGUGGGAAAGGGUUUAUCCAAAGACGCCAAAGCACAAAAAUUGGCUUUUCAGCAUUGGAUUGAGGCUAUUGAUCCGAGGCAUCGAUACGGCCACAGCUUGCAUUAUUAUUAUGAAGAGUGGUGUAAAGAUGAUGCUGGUCAGCCGUUCUUUUACUGGUUGGAUAUAGGAGAAGGUAAAGAGCUUGACCUUGAAGUAUGUCCACGAUCAAAGCUUAGACAACAAUGCAUCAAGUAUCUGGGACCUCAAGAGAGGGAAAAUUACGAAUUCAUCAUUGAUGAAGGAAAAGUUAGUCACAAACUAACAGGAGAUCUCCUUGAUACAAAAAGAGGAUUGAAAGGGUCCAAGUGGAUAUUUGUUAUGAGCACUUCUAAGAAACUAUACGCUGGUGAGAAAAAGAAAGGAAUAUUCCAUCAUUCUAGCUUCUUGGCUGGAGGAGCUACAUUGGCUGCAGGAAGGCUAGAGGCAGAGCACGGAAUUUUAAAGUCUAUCUCUCCAUAUAGUGGGCAUUAUCGGCCAAGAGAUGACAGUCUUGACAGCUUUUUAUCAUUUCUCAAGGAGAAUGGGGUGAACCUUAAUGAAGUCCAGAUACGCAAGGCAAAUGAAGAUUAUGAUAACUAUGAGGAAAACAAGAUUAGUGGUGAGAGUACAUUUGAAGUUCUAAGCAAGUGUGAAACUCCAGAACUUGAAAUACCUAAGGAAGUGCAGAAUACCUCGUCCUCUGAAUCCACUGACCUUUCCCAAAUUGAAACCAAAAACAAUUACAAAAGGACAUUAUCUGGUGGUCUUCAGAGCCCAAGAGCUGAGGUGCCUAAAAGCAAAAUAAUGCAGAGAAUCAAUUCCAAGAAGUUGGUUAAAUCAUACCAACUAGGACAUCAGCUUUCACUCAAGUGGUCAACAGGAGCUGGGCCAAGAAUUGGUUGUGUUGCAGAUUACCCUGAAGAAGUGAGAGUGCAGGCGUUGGAGUUUGUUAACCUGUCUCCAAGGACUCCUCCAACACCAUCAUCCUUCCGGCAGAUCUCUGGUCUUGGAUCACCAACAUCUUAUUCCGCAGAAGAUAGCAAUAAUGGUUAUGGCAACUCUGGUGUCAAAGCUGAAUGAGUCGCAUCAAGCAUUUAGCUUAUCAGAUGCUUUACGGAUGCUCUAAAGAACGUAAAUAUCUUUAUCAAGCUUUCACAUCGUAUCAAUUUUAGAAUUUCAGAGAGUUUUCUUUUUAUUGUGAUUUUCAUCAUUGCCUAGAAUGUAGCACUCUCUUGUAUGUUUCAUCUCCUAUGUUUGAAUAGUCAAACGCUGACGAUGCUCAACUUCUAUCUCUGAUUUCUCGUGUCGUGUACGAAUUACGAUGAUGGUAUUACCGGUGGCAAUGGGAAAGAGAGAUUGAACAUUUUACCUUUUUA